AGAGCUCUGCAAAGUUUAUGUUGUUACGGCAGUGGAUAUGGCUGGUUCUGUUCUCUUGCUGUUCGACAAUCGAAUUCAACGACGAGAUGAUGACCAAGUAUCGUGAAAAGGUACGAGAUAUGUUUUAUCAUGCAUACAAUGGCUAUCUCAACCAUGCCUUUCCGCUUGAUGAGCUGAUGCCGAUCACUUGCAAAGGUCAGGACACUUGGGGUUCAUUUUCACUUUCUCUAGUCGAUGCUUUGGAUACUCUGAUUGUUAUGGGUAAUACAACAGAGUUUAAGCGAGCUGUUGAUCUCGUAUUGAAGUCGGUGAGGACCGACGCAAAUGUCAAUGUAUCUGUUUUUGAAACGAAUAUCCGAGUUGUAGGAGGGCUACUUUCAGCCCAUAUGCUUAGCGGCAGAGUUGAAGGCAUGGUGUUGGAAGAUGGUUGGCCAUGUUCGGGGCCGUUAUUAAGGCUGGCGGAAGCCAUGGCGGCCAGAUUAUUACCAGCCUUCAAUACAGAAACUGGCAUGCCUUAUGGAACUGUGAAUCUCAAAUAUGGCGUACCAAAACGUGAAACACCUAUCACUUGUACUGCGGGAGUUUCGACUUUUAUUGUUGAGUUUGGAACGCUGUCCCGACUCACUGGUGAUCCGCAGUUUGAAAGAGUGGCGCUUCGAGCUUUGGAAGCUCUUUGGCGCACUCGAUCUUCCAUAGGGCUUGUAGGCAAUCAUAUCAAUGUUCGCACAGGGCAGUGGACGGCUACGGAUACUGGUAUAGGUGCUGGAGUGGAUUCUUAUUUUGAAUACCUCGUAAAAGGUGCUCUUCUUUUGCAGCGGCCUGCAUUGAUGGAGCAGUUCAGAGAGUAUCAAGCUGCCAUCAAUCGUUAUGUUCGUAAAGGAGAUUGGUUCUUGUGGGUGAAUAUGCACAAGGCCAGUGUUUCUUUGCCUAUUUUCCAGUCGCUGGAGGCCUUUUAUCCUGGAUUACUGACCAUGAUCGGAGAAGUAGAAGAUGCUGCGAGAAUCAUGCUACAAUAUUCUCAAGUUGUUCGGCAGUACGGUUUUCCGCCUGAGUUCUACAACAUUCAGAAUUCUGUAUCAGAGAAGCGCACAGCCUUUCCACUGCGACCUGAGGUUGCGGAGAGUUUGAUGUAUCUAUACAGAGCAACGCAAGAUCCCCAUUAUCUGGAACUUGGAGCCCAGCUGGUGGAUGCUAUCGAACAUAGUGCGAAAACCCCUUGUGGCUACGCGACCAUCAACAAUGUCAAUGACCAUUCCAUCGAAGACAGAAUGGAGUCGUUUUUCCUCGCGGAAACCACGAAAUAUCUAUAUCUAUUGUUUGAUCCCGACAAUUUCCUUCAUAAUGAUGGUAUUGAUGCUCGAAUUGUGGACACUCCGAAUGGAGAGUGUGUCAUUGACGCUGGCGGCUACAUAUUCAACACUGAAGCUCAUCCUAUUGACCCUGGAAUCGUACAUUGUUGCUCGGCGCAACGACAAGCCGAAAGAGAGGCUGUACAAAACUGGGAGGAUCAAUUCGAUCUGUUGUCCAUAUUGGACCAUCGCGAGACUGUCGAGUCUCAUGAUCUUCAGAAAGAAACACUGCCCGAAUUCUUAGCAGGGUUGAAGGAAAUCCGUGAAGAUCCUGCCUUUUUCGAAAAUAAGCGAAGGGAAGUGCCUGGGUCUGAAGAUAUCGAGUAUGAAAUCGACGAAUCUUUCCUGGAGAACAAAACUAGCCCAGCUGAAUCGCAUGCAGUUAAGAAAGCUGAAGAUACUAAAGUGCAAGAUGAAAAGAAUGUCGAAGAACAGAAAUCGGAGGUGUUGGGUGCUAGUUCCGAAACAGAAAUUGAAGAAGGGUCUUCAGAAGUAGAAGAAACUCCAGAAACGGAGAAGGAAACUCCAGAAGUGAAAGAAAAAACUACAGAAGCGGAAAAGAGAACUGAAGUGAUAGAGGAAGCCUCAGGAGCGGAAGAGACAGUUCCAGAAGCGCCUUCGGGAGCGAAACAAGUAGAGGAUGUUAAAACUUCUACUAAAAUGGAAGAUGAUACAAAGGGUGGAGGGGUUUCACCUCCGAAGGAUUACCAAGAUGAUGAGCAAACUAGUAAUGAAGAUACUGCUAGUGUUGACAAAGCCACUGAAACCUCUGGAAAAGAAGAAGAAUCACAGAUCCCAGCUCCAUUAAUAGUGUCGAACCAUCAACAAACUUCCGAAAAGCCGCCUAAACCACCACUGCCUCCUUUUGUAGCUUCUAUAGGUGCAACUAGAGCGUGGAAGAUGAAGAUGAAUCAGAAGGAUAUACUGAAAAAGGUCCGAGCGUUAAUACACCAAGCACGACUUCACGAUGAAGAAAAACACGAACAAGGAGAAGCAUCCGACUCCGCCGAUAGACUCGUCGAGACCAUGGGUCCUUUCAAAGAGUUAUUGAAAAUGCUGCCAGCUGGCCGUAUGUUAACAAUUGGUGGUGACUUGAUCAAGGAAGCUAAAGAACUGGAUGACGAGUUUUUCGAAGAGAUGAAAUUCCGAGCAGAAAUGAAGAAUUAUGUCGCUACACUUCCGGUGGUGGCGGCUCUUUGCAAGAAUUGUUGCUAUCCGCCAGAGGAACUUGGUCACAGUGCAGUCUAUCGGGUUUGGAUAAGUGCAAUAUACAAAAACUACAUCUAUCCGAAACGAGAGAUCAGUUAUGAGAUCGGUCCACUAUGCUGGCCCCAUGAAGAACCACGAGUUGAAGAUAACUAUAGGAAUAUAGCACCCGAAGUAUCGUCGGACACCUAUAUCCCUGGCGAUGUGCCCAUGGAAGUGUUCUUCAACCUUCGCUCACUGACCAACUUUGAGAUAAGCGACGUUACGGAUUACAAAUUCGAGCAGUUACUGACUCCUCCAUUAGGAUUUAGCUACAAGUUCAUCGGUGCUGGGCAAGUUUCAUUGCCAUUCAACCAGACAUGGAGUUCUCAUUGAUGAGAACGUAGCAGUUUUCUCGUCCAAUCUAGCUCAUCCCAGAUAAUUGUUUAGUAUUGUUGGAUUCAUUUUGUCAGCUUGAGCACAUUUAUCACAG